CCAGGCAGAAUUCUGCGUUCAGUGUCUCUCUCGCUCCGCUCCCGGCGGCGAGGCGCUCGCCGCUGCUCGCUAGCUCCUCCGCUCCAGCCCGGAGCCUUGCCGAGCUGACCGUGCCCGCCGCCGCGGCUCCGCGCACCCGGGGGGCGGCUGGCCCGAGUCCUCGCGGCCAGCGCCGGUCGUUGGGGGUGCGCAUCUAUUAGAGUUGUGGUGGUGGCAAAGGAGGGGGAGAAAGGCAGUGGAAGGGCGAACGGAGCAAGCGAAAGAAGGAAAGAAGGAGGCAGAAAAAGGCAACUUCAGACGGAAAGUUGGUGCGAACUGGCGCAGUCGGCAAAAACGGAAAAGUCGAUCGCAGGCAGCGGCUGCAUAAAAGUGUGAGCUGCCCGGGCCAGCACGAGAGGCGGCGGCAGGCUCUGCCCUCCGGGUGGCCGCGCCGGCGCCGGCGGCAGCCACAGGUGCGAAGGGGCUCGCGGGAGGCGAGAGGGCGCCCUGCGCACCCCUCCCCCAGCCCCCACCCCCCAGCCCGGGACUUCAGCUCAAGUCACUUGGCGUCCGAGCUCCCUCCCCAGCCGCAGCUUCAGCAGGGGGAGCAGGAGCGGGAGCAGGCGGGGAGCGGCCGGCGCGCGCCCGCCCAGGGGAGUUGGGGUUCGCAGGGGGUUGUUUUCGGCUCUGAGGAGGUCCCCGCCCAACCUUCAAAAUUUUGUCCAAAAGCAGACAAGAGGAUCGCCCCGCGCUGAGCCGGCUGGUGGGCAGCAGGAGGCGCCUGAUCGCCGCCGGGGCGCUGGGGGUGGUGAUGGUGCUGCUGCUGGUCAUCCUCAUCCCGGUGCUGGUGAGCUCGGCCGGCACGUCGGCGCACUACGAGAUGCUGGGCACCUGCCGCAUGGUCUGCGACCCCUAUGGGGGCACGAAGGCGCCCAGCACCGCCGCCACGCCCGACCGCGGCCUCAUGCAGUCCCUGCCCACCUUCAUCCAGGGCCCCAAAGGCGAGGCCGGCAGGCCGGGGAAGGCGGGCCCGCGUGGGCCCCCCGGUGAGCCCGGGCCGCCGGGUCCCGUGGGCCCUCCGGGCGAGAAGGGCGAGCCCGGCCGCCAAGGCCUGCCGGGCCCGCCCGGGGCGCCCGGCCUGAAUGCGGCCGGGGCCAUCAGUGCCGCCACCUACAGCACGGUGCCCAAGAUCGCCUUCUACGCCGGCCUCAAGCGGCAGCACGAAGGCUACGAGGUGCUCAAGUUCGACGACGUGGUCACCAACCUCGGUAACCACUACGAUCCCACCACGGGCAAGUUCACCUGCUCUAUCCCGGGCAUCUACUUCUUCACCUACCACGUCCUGAUGCGCGGAGGGGACGGCACCAGCAUGUGGGCUGAUCUCUGCAAAAACAACCAGGUGCGAGCCAGCGCCAUCGCCCAAGACGCUGAUCAGAAUUACGACUACGCCAGUAACAGUGUCGUUCUUCAUUUGGAGCCAGGAGACGAAGUGUACAUCAAAUUAGAUGGCGGGAAAGCCCACGGAGGGAAUAACAACAAAUACAGCACGUUUUCUGGAUUUAUUAUUUACGCUGACUGAUAACGCAGAAACUAAGCUUAUUAUUCUGAGUUUGGACACUGGAUUCGGAUGGCUAACGUCAGUGAAUCAAGGAUCCCAGGGGAUGCCGGUUGCGGGGCACCUCGGUUGUGUAUAUGUGGGGAAUUCAAAUGCUACCUGACUCACAUCUGUAUACUCAGAAACAUUAUGUAAAAAAAAAAAUAUUAAAAGCAAGAUAAGCAGAUGUGUUAUCCACUACCGCCAAAGCAAAUACUCCUCCUUAUCGUUAGUGUCCAUGUGAAUGAAGUCCUAUAUAGAUCACAAAUUUUUAUAGAAAAAUCUAAGACACUGAAUUAUUUCUCCAAUAUAUAUGAUACUUUGGUGUACUGUGAUCUUGCUGCUUUUAUCCAUAUGUCAGCUUUGGUUCUUGUGAGUUCACCUGCUUAUUAUGAUACUUGGAGUCCAUUCACAGUGUGGGAAGGAUGAUUUUACCCUGCAGGAGAAGGUCUGAUUGAAAUAAUGCUGCUUGUCCCCAAAGAAAUUGUUUGCCUUGUACUUUUGUUAACUUUAGAGCUAGUCCUGGGAAUGAUUCAACUUCAAGCCUUAACCUGGAAUUUUCUGGAUUUGAGGGAAUUCCCAAGCCUAUGAUCAUUUUCACAUUUUCUUUUUCUUACGAGUUUUCUUUUCUCUCUUUUCUGGUGAUAGUCUUUAAAAAUAGAGAUUGAAAUUGUAUCAUAGGAUUACCCUCUAAGUGUGAAAAUGUGUAAUUAUGUAUGGUAUUUAGAAAAUCCCCCGUGUGUCCAUUUUGUCAAUAGAAUGCGUUUAGAUUUACUUAGAAAGUCAGAGAAAUUUAUUCUUUGGUGUUAAAUCAGACUGAGGCUUUUGCCUUCUUUGGAACAAAAGGUUAUUCAUAACCCAAUGCACAAUGGUUUAAUUUGAGCUACUGCAUGAGUCACCAAGGGGACACUAAGUAAGGCCUUCAAAUAGUUGCUACGAGUCGUGGCCCGAGGUUAUUUCAAAAUGAACAAUUUCACAUACAACCAAUAAGACAACAAAGUGUAUAUAUUUUAUACCAAUACUUGCUACAUAUACAUGUAUUUGUGUGUACACACACACACAUGUUAAAUCAAAUAUAAUAUAUACAUAUGGCUUCAGAUAUACAUACCUAUGGCUUCAGACCAUAGGCACAGUGGCUGUAUAGCCUCAAAAAUUUAAUUUAAAAAAAAAAGUGUGUGUAUAUAUUCACACACCACGCAUAAAUUAUUUGAAUUAUUUUGGAUCGAAAUAUAUUUUGGAUUACAAAAGUAUAUGGAAUACCAAAAUAAUUUAAGUGAUUUCUCUUUUAAGAGUUACCCAGAAAAUUAAAUUUUAUUAGGUUAAAAUGCUCUAUACAUCACAGGUCUGUAAAUUAAGCCUAUGGCUUCUUUAUUACCAUAUGCCAAUCAAUACUUGCACUGCAUUCUGUGGCAGACUGUUAAUAUUAGGACUGCAGACACAAAGUGGCUCUCUUUUGCAAUGUUUAUGAAUUAUAUGCACUUGAAUUAUCCAUUUUUUUCUUUUUUCUCAGGUGGAUUAAAGCUGACAGGAAAGUAGAUGCUGAGAGUAGUGCAAAUCAUUUCCCUCUGGUUAAAAUACACUGCCCAAAGUCACCUCUUUAAUCUAAGAAAAGGGUUAAAAAUGCAUGUUAAUAGAUCCUAACUAUCAGACAGCUUGCACUGUUACAAUGAAAAAUCUGUCCCCCCUCUCAGUUGCCUUUGAAGACUCUUUGAACAAGUAGAUUUGAAAAACGGGGAUUUAAGAAUCUGCUUGUUUUACUGGUGAAGGACAUUUGCAUUUUUUCAUUGAAAGGAAUUAGUUUGUUCUCCUGGCUUGUCCCUCUUGGGUACUUUCUGUUCUAAUACACAGAAAGCUUGAUCACCUUUGAUCCACGGAAAUAUCUUGUAUUUAGAAAACCCUAACUUUCCAAAAGAGUUACGCAUGGUGUUCCCAUCUGAAGGUGCUGUUGACUUGGUUUAAAUGCCUUGGUCUGAGUAACUGUCAUGAUUUUUAUGAUUAAAAACACUUAGCCCAUUCAUCAAGAAGAGUGACUAAUUCUGUUUGGCCUUUCUAAUAUGUUGGAUAACUCAUAAAGGAGUUGCAAUGGGUUUGUUUCUGUUUAACAAUAUAUAUUUAUCAAAGAGGAAUUGGUAGCAAGGGUUUGGAGAUUUUUGGGGGGAGGGGGGAGGUAACAAAUAGCAUAAUGAGGAAUCAACCAAAAAAUUAAUUUGUAAACAGCAGUGCACAUCUUCUGUGGGUUUUAAAAAGGCUUUAUUUACACCAAACAUCAGGGCUGGGUACCUUUUGAAGAGUAGACUCUAGAAUCCGAAUGUCAUUUCUAAUAGAUCUGACCUUUUCUUCAGAUAACUAAGCAUUAUUUUCUCUGUUUAGGCCCAAGGAAAAACAAAACGUAAAGGAAAUAAAGGGAAUAUAGAUAAGGCAAACAUUUCUCUUUUUUUUGCAUUAUAUAUUAUUAAUUAAACUGUGGCCUUUGUUAUUAUAAAUGUAAUGAUUCAUUAAACUAUAUUAUGUAAUA